AUGUCGUUGCCUAUCCGCUCCCCAAUAACAGCGUUGGCUGCCGUGGGAUUAAUAGCUGCUGUUGCCAUCCCGUUUCUCCUCUCUCACGACUCGAACUUCUUCGCCCCGCAUGUCCAAGGAAAAAACAACACCGUCUUGUUUCUGGUGAACUCCAAUCAUGGGUACUCGAACGUCCACCUCGCAACGGCCUUUGCCAUGGCUGAAAAGGACUCGGAUGUCUCCAUCCACUUCGGCACGUUCGAGAAGAUGAGGUCCAGAAUCCAGAGGAUUGAGCAAGCCGCCCGCGAGAGAAACCCCGACGUGGAGCCCAUCAGCUUUCACCUGCUCCCCAGCACGGAUUAUCUAGAUGCUCUAAAUGCCAGGGACAUCAUGACGGUGGAUAACAUGAUCACUCCACCCGGUCUCGAAGGGAAUAAGCACUUUAGCAGCAGUUUCCGCUGGAUUUUCGCGCCUUGGACGGACGAGGAUCAUCUGGCAAUCUAUCGCCGCAGCGUCGAGUUGAUCGAGGAAAUUGACCCUGCUCUUGUGGUUCUUGAUCCGAUGUUUCGUCCAGCCAUGGAAGCGACGCAGGACCAGAAUCGCAUGUAUACUGUCGUGUCGCCGAAUACCCUAGAACUCUUCCUCCUCGAUCAGAAAUGGGGCAAAGCGUUGUGGAAAUAUCCCGCGGUCGCAUCUGGCUACGACUAUCCGCUGCCAUGGAGCCAGAUCCCUGCCAACGCCAUGUCGGUUGUUCGACUUGUCUACCACAUCCUCACCGUUCCCGGCGCCUCAGAAUCUCGAGCAUUCCUACGAAAGAACGGCAUCAAGAAUCCUCUCGACUUUAUCCAUUCGCAUCGCGUAGACCGGCCGUGGAUCUGCCAGGCCAUGCUGGAAGCCGCCGUUCCGCUCGAUUACAUUCCGGCGAACGUCACUGCUGUCGGCCCCAUCGCGUUGUCGCUGGAGCCAGCGGAGGAGCAGGAUCCCGAAUUGACCGCGUGGGCUAAAAGGAAGCCGACUGUUUUAAUCAACUUGGGAAGCAUAUUCGUUUAUGACCAGGAGAGGGCUAGGGCUAUGGCUGAAGCCAUGGCCAACAUCGCUGCCCAGGUGGAUAUCCAGUUCCUGUGGAAAUUCAAGAAGUUGCAUACCUAUAGUGACGAUUUCAUGAAGCCGUUGCAGCCAUUCAUCGAUGAGGGUCGAGUUAGGAUAGUUAACUGGCUGACUAUUGAUCCCGCGGCGCUCUUGGAAGGCGGUGAUGUUAUUGCUUCAGUCCAUCACGGCGGUUCAAAUUCCUAUCACGAAGCUCUGAGCGCCGGUGUUCCUCACGUUAUCCUCCCAUUGUGGGUAGAUCUCUACGAUUUUGCCACAUACUCCGAAUACUACGGCAUUGGUGUCUGGGGAUGCAAGAAGACGGCCCCCGAGUGGACUGCCGAGGGACUCACCGAGGCAUUUCUCAGGGUAGUGAGCGACCGCGAGGAGGCCGUGGCGAGAAGAGAGAAGGCGCGGGAGUUGGGACGAAAGGCGCGCGAGAGACCUGGAAGAGAUAUUGCUGCGGGAUUGGUGCUGGAUCUUGCAAAGACUGGUUACGAGGAUGAAGUGUUGUCUCCAUCGGAGAACAAUGUUUAA